AUGCAUAACGCUGAGAAACACGAGUGGGAUAGGGAUGAGGUGACAUUGAUUUCAGUCCUUUUGUCAGGUUUUGCCCCUUGUUGGCCGGCUAGAUCGAAGGAUCUGCAUUUUCUGCAACGGCUCAACGAGCGAACAGAGCUUGUGUUUGACGUUGCAGCAGCUAAGCCCGCACUUGCUCCUCAAGUUUGUUGA